UCAGAUGUACCUACCCAGAUAGAAAAUUUGUGCACAUGAAAAGCAUUUGUUUGAGCAGUUGAGCUUUGAUUCUUAGAUUUGGCUUCUUCCUCUUCCUCCCUUUUCUUCCUUCAAUUUGAUUCUCUUCCUACUCCUUCAAUUUGACUCUCUUUAAAAGCAGUGACAGCAUACAUAUAUGUAUAUAUACUCAAGAUAGUCCACAAGACCAGAGUCAUCCCAGCUAUGGCUUCCACCCAUUUCCUCUGCAGUCACCACUUCUACACUUGUUCCAAUUCCAAAAACCACCACACCCAUUUUCUCAGAAAAGCUACUCUAUCUUCUUCUUCUUCUUCUUCUUCUUAUACUUCUUCAUACAGGCCACAUGGGUCAUCUUUAUCUCACAAGAAAUUCCAAUUUCAAAGAACCCAAUUUGUCAGAGCAGUGUCUUCUGAUUCCAAAUCUGGGAAAACACAAGCCGAGAUAGUGUAUGAUAUUGAUGAGAAGUUGAAUAAAUUAGCUGAUGAGGUGGAUGAUAAUGCUGGACUUUCAAGGCUCACACUAUUUUCACCUUGCAAGAUAAAUGUCUUUCUGAGAAUAACUGGCAAGAGGGAAGAUGGGUUUCAUGACUUGGCAUCACUCUUUCAUGUAAUCAGCCUAGGAGACAGGAUUAAGUUCUCUUUGUCCCCUUCAAAAUCUAAGGAUCGGUUGUCAACCAAUGUGCCUGGAGUUCCCAUUGAUGAUAGAAAUUUGAUCGUCAAGGCCCUUAAUCUUUACAGAAAAAAGACUGGAGCUGACAACUUCUUCUGGAUUCAUCUUGAAAAAAAGGUUCCUACUGGUGCUGGACUUGGUGGUGGAAGCAGCAAUGCAGCAACUGCUCUAUGGGCUGCAAAUCAGUUCAGUGGUUGUCUUGCUACAGAAAAGGAACUCCAAGAAUGGUCGAGUGAGAUUGGCUCGGAUGUUCCGUUCUUUUUCUCCCAGGGAGCAGCCUAUUGCACCGGUAGAGGUGAGGUUGUUCGAGAUAUUCCCCCACCAAUUCCUUUUGACAUUCCAAUGGUUCUUAUAAAGCCUCAGCAGGCAUGCUCCACAGCUGAAGUUUACAAGCGUCUUCAAUUGGAUCAAACUAGUAAGAUUGAUCCUUUAACCUUACUGGAGAAGAUCUCAAGAAAUGGAAUAUUUCAAGAUGUUUGUGUCAAUGAUCUGGAACCUCCUGCAUUUGAAGUGCUUCCAUCUCUAAAAAGAUUAAAACAACGCAUCAUUGCUGCAGGCCGUGGACAAUUUGAUGCUGUUUUUAUGUCUGGAAGUGGAAGCACUAUAGUCGGGAUUGGUUCUCCAGAUCCCCCACAAUUUGUUUACGAUGAUGAUGAAUACAAAGAAGUGUUUUUUUCAGAAUCCGCCCCAAACUUUCCUUCUGGCCCUCCAAAUGGAGGAGUUUUGGCUCCUCCCCCUGCAGUCUAUGGGGGUGUUUGAAGCCAGCUUCAUCACUCGUGCUGCAAAUCAAUGGUAUACAGAAGAACCAAUUUCAACAAGUGCUGGCACAGCCGUGGAUCAUUCGCUGCCAGUUUGAGUAGUCCCUUCUUGUUGUAAAAAUAAAAACAACAGACAGAUAUGUUAAUUGCCUCAUAUCCAUUCAUGUCUCAUCUUUCUUUUAUCAAAUGUUUACAAUAUUUUAGAAAGAUUUGAUUUUGAUCAGGGUGUGAGUGCUAUGGAAUUAACAGGAAGAAGACCACUGAGUACAGGGUAUAAAGAUACACUGAAAUGAGAAAUUGCAGUUUGAAUUUCUCAACCUUUGUGUGCUUUGUCUUUUGAGGGCAAAGGUUCUCUUCUUUCUUCUCUCUCAAAAAGUUUAAUGUCGUUAUUUUUUAACUUCC